UCAGACCAUAGGUUUUAGCAAUUUUCACGCUCGGACUAUUAAUCUGGGAACAAAAUGGUCGUUACGUGUGAGAUCAGCUUCGAUAAUAAUAGACACGGCACUUUCUACGCCGGUCAACGCGUAAGUGGAUGUAUAACCCUUAAAUGCGACAGAUCCAAGGAAGUUCAAGCCGUUGUGGUCAAGGUGGUCGGAUAUUCUAUAACCAAAUGGAGCGAGAAGAGUCUGGGCUCGUCAAAGCUCUAUGCGGGUCGUGAGGAUUAUCUAUCUUCCACCACUUAUCUUGUGGGCUCCGAGCCAAACAACAACAGACACACCAUUCAAGCUGGUGUACACAACUACAACUUCGAGUGCCAGCUGCCUUACCAGUGUCCUUCGUCCUUCGAGGGUCGCCAUGGCUGCAUCCGCUACAUAGUGAAAGUCCUGCUGCUUAGACCUUGGAAGUACGAUCAGGCCUAUACAAAGGGGUUUACAGUUCUUAAGAUGCUGGAUCUGAACUUUGACACUCCACAGCUAAGGUUGGCUGCCCACAGCGAGGGCUACCGCACUUUUUGCUGUGGUCCCUGCAAGACAGAUCCUCUCAAAUUAGAGCUGAACCUGCCCCAAGCGGGAUACGUCCCCGGCCAAAAGAUUCCCGUGACCGUGGUGGUAGUCAACAACACUGGUGUAGCCGUCUCCGAGCUUCGACUUUCACUCGUAAUGCUGGUGAGGUACUACAGUGUAAGCCCGGAACAUUCACGAGUGGAACGGAUAAUAAUAUCGCGAGCCAAGGGGGACUCUGUGCUGAAGCAGUGCACCCGAUCGCUGACCAUCGAACUGCCUGUGCCAUCCACUCCGCCAACUUGCGUGGAGCUAAGCAACCUCAUCCAGAUAGCCUACCAAUUGGAGGUCGAGGCUUUGGUGAAGAGUCUACGGGAACAGCAGCUAAUGGUAAUGCCGGUUACCAUUGGAACUAUUCCUUUGGCGGUUUCAGGCAUAGUGCUUCAACAACCUCCGCGACGUAGUGCCCACUAUGAGGGACCCGCUUCCAGAAGGGAUCCUCCCGAUGAGCUACCCAUGGUUACUGCCCUUGGCAAUGUUCCCAACGAUCUGACGCCCAGUCCAAACGAUUCAGUCCUUCCGAAUUAUGAGGAAUCCCGGCACACGCAGCGCGGCAAUAUCAACGAGGAAGAGCUACACGCCUUUGGAAUCAAUGAGUUUGCUCCUCUUUAUCCCGUGUACAGCAUUCCCAGUCCUACACCCAUACUUUCGGCAAAUGCUAGGAAUGCGGGAUUCACCAACCAAAGUUUUGUUAAAUAGAGGCUUGCUUUUUCAACAUUUUCAAACCAUUGUUUGGAUUCUAUAUAAGUUACUGUAAGCAUCUGUAUCCGAAAAUUAAAAUUAAAGUGAUCAAACGACAAA